GAUCGAUCCCAAUUUGUAGAACCCUUCCCCUCGCUGGUAAAACGUUUUUUGAAGUUUUGUUUUUGGUAAAUGCCACUACAUGGAUUCCGAUUGAGAGCCAGAAGUAAAUACCCAAUUCUAUCACCACCCUGUUUCAACGCUUGCAGCUGCGAUGAUUUGCUUUCACACUGUGGCUGCAGAUGGUGUCCAGGAAAAACAACUCUAGUGAUUUUUAGCUCUUGUCUGUCGAUGCCGCAAGUACAGGAAAAGACCCUGGCUAUCAACACCUCGUCCAGCAACGCCUGCUGUGCCUGUACCACGGCGGCGUUUUGCUCUGUCGCGCAACAUUAUAACCCGCGUUGGUUUGCUGUAGUCAAGACGUUGGCAAGCGGGAGCAGGAAACAACCAGCACUACUAACGCUCUUUAUUCUCUUGAAUCUGAAUCUGCUUUCGCAGCUGCGUUUUUCGUUUAGCCAGCAAAUAACGGGCGUCGAGGCAUCUGGCGCCCUUGAAGAGGCAGAAGAACUGUUUCUCUUGAAAGGGGAAGAAGCAGCUGCACAAGCCCAAGCAGUUCCUGCGACGACUCUGGACGUUCCGGUUCCCUCUUCUGCCGAAGUAGAAAUUCAGGUGGACGUCGUCGGUCCGGCUGCUGCACCUGAUUUUUUCCCAUCGUCAUAUACCUCGGAUGAAAAGGACCACGACCACGAGAUUGUUCUUCAAUUAGGUAAAAACAAGGAAAAACACGAUAUUCAAGUGCAAGAUAGCGACAUGAUUACCAACAUCGACGAGAUCAUCCGGCGCAUGUUCAAGGUGAUCGACCGAAUACCUUAUCACGAUGACAACGGAAAAAACGGCAUUCACCCGGUCUCGCUGAUCACCUUGGACGAAAACGCCUUCCCGAGCUCGUAUCCAAACUGCAAGAUCUUCUUGCGUCGUACGGUUGUGAGUGUGAGGAACACAAAUACUCUUUCGUCUUUGUAUUGAAUGCGUUCUUGCAGAAGAAGAUGUGCUUGGAUUUGUACUACUUCUUCCUUGAACAAGUAUCAGUGAAAACAGGAACAGUCCCAGUUGCAGGAGCACGUGAUAUUACCCUUGCUACCCGGAGAGAAUGGUUGUUCUCGCAGUAGGAUCACUGUUGACGUGUAUGAGUAGAACUUGUUGUAGGGACGCCGUAUGUCCUCCAGAAUAAAGUCGUGCAGAUAGAAACGAAAGAGAAACAACAUUUCAUCGUCUCCUCCCGCUCUACUUCACACUCGCUAGAUUUUUUUUUUCCCUCCAUUACUGAAGACUCGUCGUCCCGCGGGGGAUCUCCAACGAUUUCACCAGCAUAAAGCUGAACACGCGGACCAACACGCGCAAGGUGCAGGAAAUCACCAACAACAGCAACAAGGUUUCGGUCACGUGGGAGGACCAAAAGGGGAAAGGCGGGUGGAUCGUCGCGAAGGGCGUCGCGGUGAUUGUACCCUUGGACCAAGCGCGGUGCGACAUUCUGGUAGACGUGGUCAAAGUAGAAGUCAUGGAUUAUGGCGUUCUCAACUGUUACAUCCUCAACUGUUACACAGAUUUGUAAUGCAAGAGUAGCAAAAGUGAAAGGAAGGACCUUGCGCGUCGUGCAUGAUAGAUUUGGCACAGAUUCUCAGCCUGUUUGGCCGUCUGAGAAUUUGCCAUGCGAAGCAGCUUGGUGGCGUUCAUAGUCAAGGCGAUUCUGCAUGACAAAUCAUGUAACAGUUGAGAAUGUAACAAUUGAGAACGCCAUAUGGAUUACAACGAAAAGCUCAUGGCCGACACGGAAGGGUGGAAGCCUUUGGUUUUAGAAAGAAACGUAUGGGUUGCAAAAAUGUCUGGGUCUGGAAACUUGUAAUGCUGCGCUGGGGGAAUAAUGAGUGCUCUGUAAUGCACAGGCAAGCAUGAGAAAUAUCUGCGCUUCUUUGUGCUACGUUUUUCGCAUGACAGACUGCGGUUUUGCAUGACAAGCAAAAGGGUCUCUUCUUGGACACGCAUCACAAACUUUUUGGUCAUGCCAGACAAGCAUGACAAGUCUCGCAUUCUUCCAGACCCAGACAUAUUUGCAUUCGAUAAAACGCCGGGCAGAUGAAGAAUACAACAGCCGCGGGGGCGGGGGCGGCCACAGUGCUCUCUGGUAUGAAAACGUAGAAUGUAUCGGCUGUGUCAUCUACUUCAGUUGAUAAUAUUCCAUAUGUGUGUUUGCGCUGAAUUGCUUACUUGCAUACAACAACUAUGCUUUUGUAACCUGGCGAAGAAAUGUCAAUGUGUGAUCAUGGGCGAAUGAUUUUCACACCAAAGCGGUGAUUCGUGAUGCAGUAUGUAUGCGGAAGACCUGACGAAGAAGAUGUGUUCAUCUUGCGGAAGACACCUCCUGAGACGAUUUUUCUCCAUGAUAUUCCGCGCCGGCGCCUGGCGAUUGGUGUCGACUUGAUCUUCUCCCACACAAGGCUACCGCUGCGGCUUUUUGCCAUCAUUUCGCUUCCAGAGGACGAUUUCUUACCACGACGACAAGUAGAAGGACAAGCUCGUUCAUUUUCCUCGAAUAGCAUCGAAUUGUGUCCAGGCAGUCGACUUUUUUUCACUGGCGGAUUGAAAAAGAAACCUGGUCUCUGACUGAAGCUGCUUCGACUUUCUCGGUCGAGAAAAAGACAGAAACAAAAAGAAAACAAAUAAAGACGACAUUGAUUGACAAAAUAAUAUCUUCUCUAUUGAUUCAACAUAAGUUGACAAAAUAAUAUCUUCCAUCUUGACGCGCAUGUUGUACAGCAACUAAGCUCCUUUUGUUUAUUCGUGCUGAAGUUUU